CACUGUUUUUGGUUGAACUCAUUGGACUGUUGCCGAACAGAAACAGUUCUGUCCGCCAUAAACACUUCACCAACGCAACACAAGCCCGAAUGUAGACGUGAAGCUUAAUCAGACAGAGAUCAUGUCAAAUUUCGUGGAAUCGGGAAGGAGAAGAGGGGAGGGAAAAGACCCAGAUGACUUUUCGGAGAGCAAGGAGGAGGAUGUGUCCUUAGCCACAGAGCUCCGUCUUGUCCUGAUCGGAAAGACAGGAUCAGGGAAGAGUGCCUCUGGGAACACCAUCCUGGGCCGCAGGCACUUCCUGUCAGAGCUCAGCGCCAGCUCAGUUACCCAAGUCUGUAAACAAGGCAGCGCAGACCUGACUGAGGAGGAGGAGGAAGGACAAGGAGUAAGGAGGAAGAGGACAAGAGUGGUGGUGGUAGACAUGCCUGGUUUUGGAGACACACGCUUUGAUGCUGAGCAGACUCAUGCUGAAAUAGCCAAGUGUGUGGCACUGUCCGCCCCAGGCCCCCAUGCAUUCCUCCUGGUGAUCCCACUGGGCCGCUACACUGAAGAUGAGGACCGAGCCGUGAGGGAGAUGGUCCAUAUAUUUGGGGAGGGGGCGGUCCAUGACCACACACUAGUCCUGUUCACUCGUGGUGAUGACCUAGAAGGGAGGGGGAUGGAGGCGUACCUCGGAGCCAGCGCCCCAGUGGAGCUGAAGGCCCUGAUAGAGAGGUGUGGGGGCAGGUACCACGUCCUCAACAACAGAGACCCCAGUGACCUGCACCAGGUUGUAGGGCUGCUGGAGAAGGUGGAGAGGAUUGUGGAAGAGAACAAUGGAGGCUUCUACACCAACACCAUGUUCAGAGAGGCUGAGUCAGCCAUCAGGGAGGAGCAGGAGAGGAUGAUGAGAGAGAGAGGCCAGGGGGAGGGAGAGGGGCAGUUCAGGAGGGAGGCCGCCCUCUCUGAGAAGGUCCUAGAGAAAGUGAAGAUCCUGGUGGCUGCUGGAGCCACUGGCAUGGUCGUGGGGGCGGUGUUCGGGGCGGCUGCCCCUCUAGCUGCAGCGGCGGGAGCUGCAGCCAUGGGGAACACAGUGGGCUUUGCUGCAGGGCAGCUGGCUGGGAUGUCAGUGGCAGGCGGCACAGGGAUGGGAAAAGCUGUGGGCGCCAUAGUGGCAGCAGCUGCAGGGAAAACAGCCAUGGCUCUCGGGGCAGCGACCGGAGGAGUGCUGGGGGGAUCUGUUGGGGUCUUAGCUGGGGCAGAAGCUGCCAGUCCUGGGGCGGCUGCUCUGGAUGCUCUGGGGCAGGUGAGCCUGAUCGGGACUGCAGCAGUGGGAGUUGCAGCAGGGGUGGGGGGUGCCAUGGGGGCAGGAGCUGCCUUUGGGGCUGCUCUGGAAGGUGCAGCAGUCAGCACAACUGCCCUGACAGGGGUGGGCACCACAGCAGGGGCAGUAGGUGUGGCUAAUGCUACUGCUAUUGGCUCAGUAGCAGCUGGGCAGCAAGCAGUGGCCACUGGGGGCAGUGUUGCAGCUGGAGCUGUUCAUUGUGCAGCAGCCGCUGUGGCAGAUGGGGUAGCUGUGAGUGGGCCGCUGGUUCAGGCCAGUGGGGUGUGUGGAUCUGCAGGCCAGGUUGUUUCUGAUGCCUGGGGUUCCAUGGGAGCGACAGCGUGCAUCAUGACAGCGGUGGCAGAGAUAGGCAAGGCUGCAGUGGGAAUCGCCCUGGCAGGAGGGCUGGUGGUGAAGGUGGUGAAGGAGAGGGUCAGGAACAGCACCAGCUCAGCAGACGCCAACUACACAGAGAAGAAGUCCUAUGAGAUCUACUGGAACAAAUAAAGGACAGUUAGGCCUGCAACACCACCAGACCAUAGAAGAAAAAAACAUCGACUCUCAGGACCUUUCAAAAUGUGGAUUCUGGUUCAAUCAUUAAGCACCUUAUCACAAUUAUCAAUAAAAGCACAUGUAGUGAGUCUUUGUUCCUUUUACUGGCAGUGGAUGGUUGAUUUCCUCUUCACUGUUACUUCACUGCAGAAGAGCUAUAGUUUAUUAUCUUCCCACAAUAUUACUGAACUAUCGUUUUAGCUGUGUUCAUGCACUUACCAUGGUUAUUUUAGCUUUUUGGUAUGCACUUACUCAAUUUGUAUGAUUACUUGUGAUCCUAUAGUUAUUUCUAAUUCAUUAUAGAAUAUGGUUUUCCACUGUAUUCAAUCAAAUUAGUAGUUUACUGUUUCAAUGAAAGACAGUUAUCUAGUUCUGCAUGCAGAUUUUCAUAAAUCCACAGAUAUAAUCUAGAACUUUUUAGUCGGGUCCAGUAUUACAAAACAUUUUUUUUUAGAUCUUAUUCACAACUGAAAUGAUGUACUGUAUAACACACAUUUCACAUUAUUAUGUAUUCAGUUGCAGUAUUGUGUCUUGAAGGGGAAAUAAUUUAAAUGCAUAAAAUGAAAUCUGAUUUUAAAAAUGUC